AUGUUUUACUUGUGCUGCUUUUCGUAUGGGCAGAUUGUUGCUUUGUUUACGGCGGGGUUUUGUGUUGGUUAUGCGGGGAUGGUGGUUGUGCGAAGGCGAGGGGGAGAUGAGGAUGAGAAGAGAAAUGGGAGAAGAGUGAGCGAAGACGACGAAGGUGCAGUAGAAGAGCAUUACGAAGCAUCUCCGCUCGACGGUAUCAACGCAUUACCAACCGAGCUGUGGAGUCUCAUCGUCGAACAUGCAGUCGUGCAACACCUCGCCUCGUCACGCCAUCCAAACGCGCAGUUCCAAACCCUCCUGAAACGAAGAUUCGUGUGCCGCGUCUUCGACAAGGAGAUAUGCCACGCACUGGACCGAAACCUCACACUCCCCCAGCUCCCCUACCGCUCGUUCCUCCGCAGCACAAUCCCCAUCCAGAACCCAAGGCAAGACCUGACAUGGCGCAACGCCCUCCUCGCAUCCGCCCUCUUCAACUCCUCGUUGCUACCUAGAAGCACAACCCAGACCCUAAUGACAUCCCGCAUCAAGAACUGCGUCGCAAUCGCCGGCUGCCUGUCCCGCUCCGCCUCGCCUUCCCCAGCACGCAACACCGACCUUACGAGACGCUUCUGCGCGGCUGCAUCUUCGUCACGACACUGCUGGAGCUACAUCUUUGCGCCGAGCGUGUACGAUGACGAGCUGGUUGAGUGGGGCCACGGGGCGAGUUUGAAGCUCGCGGAUGUGUAUCUCGAGGUGGCGCUGCUGGUUGCGGUUGGGUAUGGGAUUGGGGAGGUCGAGACUCGGGGCGAGGGAUCCGCAGACGCGUAUAUCGAGCGUACUCGCUUCCUCGGCUGA